AUGGAGCGUGUGGGGACCGUCCGCAGUCUGACCAUCAACAAGAGCAGUCUUUCUGACGACGCCAUCUACGAGUGUGUGGUGGAGGAGGAGAAGAGCUACACCGAGCUCUGCGUCCAAGAGCCUCCAGUGACCAUCACCAAGCUGCUGGACGACGUCCACACCGUGGUCGGGGAGAAGGUGGAGUUUGAGGUGGAGGUGUCGGAGGAAGGAGCCAGCGUCAAGUGGAUGAAGGACGGAGAGGAGCUGAACCGGGAAACGGCCGGAUCCAAAUACAGGUUUAAGAAAGACGGAAAGAGACACAUCCUCAUCAUCAACGAAGCCACGAAGGAAGACAUUGGAAUGUACCACGCAGUGACCAGCGGGGGGGAGUCCAAGGCCGAGCUGGAGGUCGAAGGCCUUUUGUAA